AUGACGGCAGUGAAACCGACGGUCAGGGCGGCGAGUUGCUGCCGGCAGCUGUGGCGGUGGAGGGAGAAGCGUCGGGCGGUGGCGUGGCUGACGCGGCUGAUGCGUCGGCGCCCGCAGCCAUUGCGCCAUAUCUGGCGGCGGUGCAGGACGUACGGGGACGACUUGGAGGAGGAGGUGGAGGGCUUCGAGGAGCCCGCGGACGAGGCGCACUACCGCCACCUCUACGACGCGCACGGGGUCGUUGACAAGUGGCUGGGCGACCCUGCACUGUGGGGCAUGCUGUCAGCUCCCCAGUGUGGCGUUAGCAGCGCAUGCGGCAGCGCUCGGAGUAGGCGGGGGUGCAGGCAUGGCGCGAUGGGCAGCACCUGCAGGCUGCCAUCAGCGCCGCCGUGCAG